AUGUCGAUGUCGUCGAAGUCGCUCUUCUUGCUGAAAACACGUGACCUGAGCGUGCAGGAUCAUAGCAUGAACAUUGAAGUGAUGUUAGCGCCAAACAGAACAUAUUUGUUGAUGAACAAACACAAAACUCUGACAGCCAAAAGUAACAAACAGAAGGAUGAUGUAGAGAGACAACGAGACUCCUCCACACACUCGUAUGUCUCCGAGAAACGUCUCGUGGACCGUCGGAAUCAGGAGUUCUAUAUCAAAAGGGUCAACAUGUUUCUGAAUCAGUUACAACCCAGCGUGCGCACGACUGUCCUAGACAGGAAGUCGUUUUCUCCCAGUUUGAAUAAAAUACAGUAUGAAAAUAAACAGGCAUCAGAGGCAGUCCAAACGGCAAAGAAUAAGCCCAGAGUGAAAUCAGAGCCUCCCACACCUCGAGGUUCAAUCAAUUCAAGCUUCCCUCUGAUUCCCACUGACAGACGUCAAUCUAAGUCAUCUGUAGGCUUUCACGAGAGGGCGAAUGAUAAAGACAAUGUUACAAAACAGACCGACACUUACGGUCGUUCGAGGGUCUCUGUAAAAGGAAAUAGUCUAACCAUUCAGGGAAGUCGAUUUCAAAAUGAAACCAGAUCAAACGUAGAAGGUUGUAUCUCUCCCACCUCAGGAUACUUUCCCCCAGUGUCGCCGACUCACAAUAUCACUAGGGACGCUAUCACACCGGUCAAUCAGAUUCCAUCACCACAGCCGGUUACAAUGGACCGGAAGCGGACGAGUUCGUUACUACCGGAGAGAAAGAAAGUCAAGUUUGUACCGCCUAAGGACCAGAAUGGAUAUAAAAAGUGGGAAGAGACACAAAUGAAAGAAAAACGUAAAGUUAAAUAUCUAGAUAAAAAAAUUGAAAGAUUCAUGCUUGAUCAGAUAAGAUUCAACCAAGCCAACAGAAUAUCGCACUACGACCCCCAGAGGCGCGCUGCCAGCACCACGGAAGACAGUAAAUAUUCCAAUAAAGGUAAUCUUAUCGAGAUGUUUGACGCUUUUUGUCAAACAGGUGGUAAACAGCAAAUGCAUAAGCUUGUCAAGAUGGCCGCCAGAAUGAAAGUAAAGAAGAACACAAGCACAACCAGUACAUCGUUAGCUCCUUCCGUCGCGUCCUUCAAGAACUCUCAGACAUUUAAACACUUGAACCAAGUACUCGUGAGGUAG